AUGGAACCAUCAACGUCCGCCGCCUACACAGAAGAAGUCAGAAUCGCGCCGGAGCUCAGAAUCCCCAGAUCGCUGUGCAGAGGAUUGAAAGGACCAAUUCUCUUCAAACGUCCGGCCAAGCUUCAACCGGACGAGCCGCACGCUCCAACAAACGUCCGGACUAAAAACUUGGAGCUCCAGAAGCCAGACUUGACCAGCAAGACUCGGUACGUCACACAGCUGUUUGAACUGCACGAGCUGCUGGGAACUGGAAGCUUUGGCCAAGUUUUUGCCGCAAAGCACAAGAAGACUGGCGAGUACUACGCGGUGAAACAGCUAACCCGCCACGCCAAAACCCCAUUAAAAGAAGAGGAGCUACUCCAUCAUUUCAACAACAGUAAAAUAGUGGAGCAGUACGCUUCAUGGCACGACCUGGACUACACCUAUAUGGUAUUGGAAAUGUGCUCGUACCCAUUGAGCUACAUUGCCAAAGUCGUGAAGGAACCAGCGGCCAAGGAGGAAGUAGCAUGGGCAGCGCUCGCCGAUACUGCCGAAGCUUUACAGUACCUACAUGUAAAGAAGUUCAUCCACAACGACGUGAAACCGGACAACAUACUUGUCACAAAGAAAGGAGUCUACAAGCUUUGUGACUUCAACGUGACCAUCAUGCGUAAAGAGUAUGAUGAAGCCGCCCGAAAAGAGCUGCCAAGAGGCGACGACCGCUACACAGCUCCAGAAAGCAAAGAACGCCAGGAAUUCACGGACAGAGUGGACAUCUACGCUCUGGCCGUGUCAAUUAUCCACGUGAAGAUGGGACGUGCGGCCGAACAUGAAGACUUGGAGCCAGCUAAUCUGGAGGGCCUUCUACAGAAGCUCCAAUUCAACUAUGAGUUGAAAUCUUUGGUAAAAAAAAUGAUGGCCGAAGAACCGUUGGAUAGACCAGCUGCGGGCAGUUUGGUCAACCACCCAUUUGUGGGACAACACGCCAGCGUGACGGAACGCCCACCUCCGUUGUCCGAGGAUCAGAUCGUGGCAUACGAAACAAAAAUCUGGCCACACGAUCACCAAGAACCGGACGUAUUCUGCGAGAAGAACCGUGGCUACAGGAGGGUGCUACUGGAAGAACAGUUUGUAAUUGGAGCCGAGAUGCCACCGUCCCAAGAGAAACGGCCAAACAAACCAAAGAGGCUACGCGGAGUAAGUUUAACUUUAAACACUUGUUAAUAUUUUUACUCGUUCGAAACUUAUGAGUUAGUCAAAAACUCAUUACCAUUACUAAUCAUAACUAUUUUCAGCUUCGAGACGGUGAUAGACUCAACUCAUCUGCCAUCGAGCUGGAAUCCGGCGCAGUUUCACCAGUGGCCAAGCGAGGCCGGUUGUCUCUUCAGAUCACCAGAAGGCGGCUCUUUGAAUGA